CCAAAAAGAAAAGGAUUCCCUUUCUCUCACUUACAUCCACCUUUCACCUUUCCUCACUACACUGGAGCUAUGAGCACACCGCGCAAACCCGUUAUUAUGGGACUGCUGCUGCUGCUGUGCGCUCUGACCGAGCACUGCGCCCAAAGCGCGCCGACAGUUGGGGCCGCUGGGGACGCGCAGCGGGGCUUCAGGCGGAUGAUAGCGAUCAUGAAGCACGUGGGGGAGAGUCGGGGGCGACACGCCGCGAGGACAGAAGCCCCGCUGACACCGCGGGCGGUGGGGAGCGCGUCGGUGGAGCAGAGGGAUGUCCGAAGCAAGACAGACAAAGGGAACCAGGCUCUGGCCUUAUCCCCCGCAGAUUUUAAAAUGAAAGAGAGAAUUAUUAAAUAUUUCACAGGUCCAAUCACGUUCAGCUCCAAGUGCAGGAAGAAUGCAUACAGACUUUAUCACCACACCAGAGACUGCACGUUACCUGCAUACUUCAAAAGAUGUGCGCGACUUCUCUCACGGCUUGCAGGCAGCCCACAGUGCACAGAGGGGUAGCAGACACACACUCAAAAGGUUGAAGUAAAUCAAAAGUACUUCAGAAGCAGAGAUACAAAAAAAAAAAAAUACUUUGGUAAAAGGUGCCUUGGACGAUGAGAGGGAAGCUUAAAUCUGAUCCGCCUGACUGACUUUAGGCACAGGGUUUUUGCUUCACCCACGUCCCCUUCUGCUGAGGUGAAAAUUGCUUCCAAUCACAACUUUGGCUGGGCCUCGAAGGUUAGCUGUCAUUAAACGGGAGCAACAAGCAAGAAAAAAACAGACCAGGAUAAAGACAGUGGAGUGCAAAGAGUUGAAACUAGCAAAGAUGAGCAAAGCGGGGGCUUUUCCUCUCCAACAGGAUUUCAAAAGAAUGUUGUUUAAGCAAAUGGAA